AUGCUGCUAACAUUCAUCCUACUGGGAGUGGUCUUGGCUCUAGCCAGCAGUAUUUACUUAAACGUCUACUCCUAUUGGGCUCGAAAGGGCAUUCCCUAUGAGACUCCUCUGCCCCUCGUGGGUAACAUGAAAGGAAUCGGGUCGAAAUACCAUUUCCGGGACAUCAACCAGAGGAUAUAUGAUCAGUUCAAGGGCAAGACACCGUUGGCAGGAAUGUUUACGUUCCUGCAGCGAACAGUCGUGAUCAUGGAUUUGGACCUCAUCAAGCAGGUGCUGAUAAAGGACUUUAAUUACUUUCAAGAUCGUGGGGCCUUCAACAAUCCGAGAGAUGAUCCUCUGACAGGACACCUUUUUAGUUUGGAGGGUGAGGAGUGGAGGGCAAUGCGGCAGAAAUUGACACCUGUAUUCACCUCCGGUAAGAUCAAGCAGAUGUCGGAAAUUGUCGUAAAGGUGGGAGAUCUCCUGGUCGAUUCUAUGGAUAAGACUGUUAAGACUGCUAAAGUUGAUCAUGGAGAUGUGGAGAUUAAGGAUAUCUGUGCGCGAUUUACAACCGAUGUUAUUGGAUCGUGUGCCUUUGGCCUGGAGUGCAACAGUCUGCAGGAUCCCAAUGCCGAGUUCCGAGCAAAGGGUCGCAUGAUAUUCGAGCGCCGUCGACAUCCUAAGCUAAUUCAAGCCUUUCUUUUUACCAAUGCAAAGUUGGCCAAGAAGUUGCGUAUGAAGAUAUUUCCCGAUGACGUUACGGAGUUCUUUAUGUCAGCGGUGAGGAACACCGUGGAUUAUCGCUUAAAGAAUAACAUAAAGCGGAACGAUUUCAUUGACCAGCUGAUUGAGCUCCGUGCUGAGAACGAAGAGGCGGCUGGAAAAGGCAAUGGAAUUGACCUUUCCAAAGGCUUGACUUUGGAGCAAAUGGCUGCUCAGGCAUUUGUGUUCUUCGUAGCCGGAUUCGAGACUUCCUCAAGUACAAUGUCCUUCUGCCUGUAUGAAUUGGCCUUAAAUCAGGAUAUUCAGAAACGAGUGAGGGAGGAGAUCGAAAAAGUGCUUAGUAACACGGAAGGUGGGGAAAUAACUUAUGAUGCCCUAGCCGAAAUGACUUAUUUGGAUCAGGUGCUGGCUGAAACCCUGAGAAAAUACCCCAUUCUACCUCUACUCACUAGAGAGACAAAUCGAGAGUAUAAAGUUCCCAACACAUCUUUUAUUCUUGACAAAGAUACCAGAGUCUCGAUUCCGGUUCACAAUAUUCAUCACGAUCCUGAAAUAUAUCCGCAACCGGAAAAGUUCGAUCCCAGUCGCUUCGAGCCGGAGGCAGUGAAUAUCCGCCACCCCAUGGCUUAUUUGCCUUUUGGCGAUGGGCCCCGCAAUUGCAUUGGACUUCGAUUUGGAAAAAUUCAGUCCAAGAUUGGACUUGCGGUUCUUCUUCGUCGCUUUAAGUUUGGUGUAUCAAAACGUACAGAAAUUCCUUUAAUCCUCGGACUCCGCUCGUUUACUUUGGCCACCGAGAAUGGCAUUCACCUAAAAGUGGAAAGCAUUUAAAUUAAAUAAAUAAAUUAAAUUACAUUUGAUUUUGA